CAAGUCAGCAAUUCUUAGUAGUGCAGUUCCUGAAAGAUGGCCAAGAAGAGCGAUCGAACAGGAGAGCAGUUGCCUGUACACAAGGUGAUAAUGGUUGGCAGUGGAGGUGUAGGAAAGAGCGCACUCACGCUGCAGUUCAUGUACGAAGAGUUCGUGGAGGAUUACGAGCCCACAAAGGCUGACAGCUAUCGAAAGAAGGUGUCUCUGAACGGCAGGGAAUGCCAGAUCGACAUCCUGGACACGGCGGGCCAGGAAGACUAUGUCGUCGUGCGGGACAACUACUUCAGGUCCGGGGAAGGAUUUCUCUGUGUGUUUUCUCUGGUGGACCGAGAGACGUUUGCCGCAGCCAGUGAUUUCCGUGACCAGAUUUUACGAGUGAAGGUGGACGACCAUAUUCCUAUCAUCUUGGUGGGCAACAAGCUGGACCUGGCGGAGGAGAGUCGGGAGGUGACUGAAGAAGAGGUGGCUGCAAUGGCAGCUCAGUGGGGUGUCCCGUACGUAGAGACAUCUGCCAAGACCAAAGUCAAUGUGGAUAAGGUGUACUAUGACCUUUUGUCGAAAGUGGCUGAGCGGAAGACACUGCCGGCAGAGGCUCCGUCGUCUGGUGGGGACGGAGACACCAAAUGUUCAUGUGUACUGCUGUGACCAUCUCAAUAUCUCCUAAUCAUGUUGUAUAAAUGUGUAUGUGUUUUGUGUAGAGAUGAUAGAAAAUGCAGGUAUUGUUUACCGAUAAUAAUGCAUUUUAGCAUGCGCGUGAUAUAGAUAUAGCAGUCAGUAUCCGGUAAAACCCUACGCCUCCUGUAUAUUAUACUUACCGGGCCGGUUGAGGCGAGGGUUGAGGUUCCCAGGCGAGGACUAACUGGAGAUGGCUCCGACCGCUAGAGACCUGUCUCGAGGUAGAAUGAAGAAUGUUCGGAUUUACGAGGCGAAAGUCUCUCUCACUGAGCACUUGGUGCAGAGUGAUCCGCAGUUUCAGGCCGUGUAUGAUGCCGUGCUGGUCCAGGGAGUGAUCUUUGUCAUUUACGUUCUCGUCCACGACUUUUGGAUCGCCGGCAGUCCCAGCAUUGGUCUCAAUCAGCUGGCGUUGGUUGUGGGAACUGGUUCAACUUUUUUCUACUUUCUCUGCCUCGAGGCUUACCUCCUUCUUUGUGCUGUUGCUGUCUACCCUGUCUUUUUGUCGUGGGUGUGGUGCCACAAGCAUGGACCUCCUCUGCUGGUGGGACUCUUCUAUCUAGUUGUCUGUGCUUCACACGUGGUGCUGUCGAGUGUGAUAGUAUCUUGGACCGUCUUUGCUGCUCCACUCGCUAAUUUGACAGCACUCAUUGCUGGUAUAGAGCAGGUAUUGCCCAUGUUUCCUUGCCCAGUAUAAGUGUUUCCCUUCCUCUGACUAGAUUCGUCUUCUAAUGAAAUCCUACUCCUUCAUCCGAGAGAAUGCGUACAAGGUUCUGUAUCCUUGGCACAAAGAUGACAAGGAGGGACCAGCUGUAUGGUAUGGAGGUCAGAUGGAGCCACAGGUUGGCUCAUUCUCUGCCUACCUCUACUUCCUCUUCUGUCCAACUCUCCUCUACCGAGACAGAUAUCCUCGAGUAACUGGGCCCAUCAACUGGACUAAUGCCGCUGGUUACUUCGUACAUUUUCUCACCACAAUCUGGUAUAUGGUGGUCCUCUUUCGAUACUUUCUAUUUCCUGCCUCUUUCAAGAAUGAAGAUCUAGUCAAGUGCUAUAUCAGUGCACUGCUGUUGGCCUUCCUCCUGCUUGUCAUCAUCCACAUGUGUGUGUUUCAUGCCUUUGCCAACCUGGCCUCAGAGAUCACCCGUUUUGCUGACAGGCAAUUCUAUAAUGACUGGUGGGCCAGCACCUCGUUUUCCUCCUAUUAUCGCAAGUGGAACACAAUAGUUCACGACUGGAUCUACUCAUAUCUAUUCCUUGACUUGUGUGCCAUCUCCUCCUCCAAGUUUCCAGCGAUUCUCUCCACUCUCUUUCUCUCUGCAUUGAUGCACGAGUAUCUACUGGCUAUGGCCCUUGGUUUUGCCUCUCCAUUCCUUAUGAUUGAGUUUGCUGGCCUUGGAGCUAUAUUUUAUUUCAUGAGAACAUUUGCAUCACGGCGUGUUGCAAACUUGAUCGUGCUGGGUUGCCUUAGCUUGGGCAUGGCAAACCUCAUCUUUUACUACACAGCAGAGAUAGCUGCAAGAACCUACUGCCCCAGACAGUUCACAUUGAGGGAGUUCUUUGUACCAAGAAUGUUUGAAUGCUACAUGGAACACAAUUCAACCUAGCCCUUGUAGCAAGAUAUCAUUGUGUCAUAUACUACACACUGCAGCCUCAUCUUCAGUCAUUAGUCGUAUUCCAGCAUUUUUCAUGGCAUGCCAUGCCGCGCGCGAUCAGCGAAUGCGCAUGCGCGUAGGAAGACACAGUGCGCGUGCGCACGACGACGCGUCUGCGUAGAGAGGCACUGUGGUAGAAAAGAUGGGCAAGAGAAGCAAGGCUAGGCAAACGACGAAAGACCAGGUUGAGAACCGUCUUGAGCGGACCGGAAGAAAGGAAAAUGACGAAAACGCCACAGACCAAGAACCUAGCGGAAAAUACGAGGCUGAAGGAAAUAGUGGCUCUUGCAACUCCGUUUCCAAAACUGUUGUGGAUAGCUAUGUGAAGAAAGGAACUUCCAAGAGAAUCUUCAGAGCGAAGGAGUCAGUUCUCACGUAUCUCUGUAGUACAGACAAAAAUGUUGAGGCUUUCUACCAUGUGUUCAUGGUCAUGAUCUGCACUGCCAUCGUUUAUUCUCUUGUGAAAGACAGUGUCGAAGCUGGCAAGCCGUUUGUAGAUAUGGGGUACUACAUAUCUGGCUUUGGGCCAGUGGAUCAGCAGUUGAGGGCAGCAGUUAUAUGGCUUCCACUAAAGGCUGCAGUUCUGAGCGUCUACCCAUUCUUUCUAGUCUGGAAGAGUCUGUGGUUCAAACUUGGACCCCUCGCCAACCUUCUGUUUGCACUUCUCUUCCUCUUGUACAAUGUCGCAGCUCAUACUGCAACAAUAUACAGCAUCACUCACUUUGACCUUCCACCAGUCCCUGCGCUUUUCCUCUCAGUCGAGCAACUGCGCUGGACAAUGAAAUCCUACUCCUUCAUCCGAGAGAAUGCAUACAAGGUUCUGUAUCCUUGGCACAAAGAUGACAAGGAGGGACCAGCUGUAUGGUAUGGAGGUCAGAUGGAGCCACAGGUUGGCUCAUUCUCUGCCUACCUCUACUUCCUCUUCUGUCCAACUCUCCUCUACAGAGACAGAUAUCCUCAGACAGCUUGUGUGAGGCCACUGCGAGUGCUGGCUCACCUCAUGAAGUGCUGCAUCUCCCUCACAUUUGUGGUGGUUCUCUGCAAGGAAAUCUUUGAUAGCUACCCUGCAAUAACAAACUCCCAGCCUAAAAACUUCACGAUGCAGACGUUUAUGCUCACUCUCCUGACGUGUUCGCUGUGGGGACUGGUGGUCCAGUUCAUGGCUGGCUAUUUCUUCCUCCACUCCUGGCUCAACCUGUGGGGAGAACUGCUCAAGUUUGCCGACCGCGAGUUCUACUCUGACUGGUGGACUUGCACCUCUUUUUCUGCCUUCUAUCGGAAGUGGAAUCUUCUGGUCCAUGACUGGAUAAAAGCCUACAUCUACCAGGAUAUGAAAGACUUGUUUCGCAGACGUUGGUACAAUCGUAUUGCAUCCCUGCCAACAAUCAUCAUAUCAGCUGUCUUCCAUGAGUAUGUGCUGUGGGCUCCAGUCAGGUUUGUGCUGCCACUGCUACUCAUCAUGUUCGGCCUCUUUGGGGGCAUCCUUUACUUUGUGCGGCCAAACACGGAAUCACACUUUUGGAACUACUUCCUGCACACAGGGCUGCAGCUUGGAGUCAGUGUCAUGGUGUUUGUGUAUGCCACUGAGUUUUAUGCCAGAAAGACAUGUGUGAUGGAGGAGACUUUACUCAGUACCUUUGUCCCUAGGUUUUAUAGUUGCUUCUAUGCUCACAAUUCUACCUCAUAGUUGCAUUAUUUUUUUUUGUUGGGGGAUGCGCUCCACGUCAUCAACGACCUGUAUAAGCAUAGAUAGUAUAGGUUCCGCUAUAAUUAUUAUCUAUGGUGUAAGCAAUGGGCAACUGUUGCUCUGCUAGUGCAACUACUCGCGUAGCAGCAGACGCGCCGAGCAGCCUGGGGCGAGAAAUCCUGGAGGCCCACAAUGUCUACCGCUCCAGACACGCCGCACCCCCACUGCAGUGGAGCUCCAAGGCGGCCCAGGCAGCCGAGCGAUGGGCCAAGAGACUAGCUAGUCUAGGGCGACUGGAGCACGACCCCGGCUCAGGUAUGGGACAAAACCUGUACCAGAAGAGCGUGGUAGGUGCUCAGCUGGAGCUAGCUGGGCGGGAGGUUGUGGACAACUGGUACGAAGAGAUCAGGAACUACGACUACAGCAAGCCGGGCUUCUCUGCCGCUACUGGUCAUUUCACUCAGGUUGUGUGGGUUGGGACCACUCAUA